AUGGCCUCUGACAAUAACCAUUCCUCAUCCUCGCUGCCGACCUGGCGGGAGGUCCUACUGACAGGAACAGCGUCUCCCAAUAACAGUGCUGAAGCAGCAGCAGUGGUUUUACCAUGUGACGGCAAGCAGAGUGUGAAUGGGGAGGAGGAAGCAACGAACCCAUCCCUGUUGGACACUGAGCAACAUCCUCUAGUCCUUGUGCUGGUCAGCAACAACGACGGAACUGGCGUUGGCGUGAGACUACUGCACCACUUGGCCAAACUAGAGGACGAAACUGCCAGUCCUACAACAAUAGCAACAAAAACCUAUCAAUAUGUAGCUCUUCAAGGGUUGGAGUCGAAUGCCAAACCGGUGGAAAUCACCAACUGGAAUAAUGAGACCAUGAAAGGACGGCAAAUCCAGGUUCCAGCCUUCCACGUGCUCAAGACCUUGGAUAGCCCAGAAAAGAUUCUAGAGUCUCAAGAACAGUUUGCAACUGUAGAAUCUUCCUAUAAGGACACCUACUUGCUUGGUCCCAUGAAAACAGUCAAAUCCUCUUUUAUGAAGAUGGUCUUGUUGACGAAUGAGCCGUGUCCGACAUCAUUGUUCCUGGCUGUCACUCGAGCCAUUCAAACAGCUCAGCAAGUCGAUGAGAAGGCAUGUGGUACAGUGCUGGCAUUUAUAUGGAAUGCCAUUCUCGCCACCAAAAUGAAGACACUCAUCGAUGGGGUAGUUUUGGCCGACACCCACUUGCCAUCUGCUCACGCAUGGAGUAGCCAGCUACAUCAAAAAUACAUUAGUACUGCCUCUCCUCUCUUGGAUAACCACACUAGCAGCCCUGCCGAUGAUCGUGGUGACAUGCAGGGGAGUUCUGCGAUAAACAAUGCAAGUACUCGCGAAACAGCGAUUGGUUCACCAACACCAGAUCCUGCUUCCCCAGGCGUUCAGACUGAUGCCUGCAACAACAACAACACUGUCAACAACAAUGCUGUUGACAUCACCACGGAAAACGGUGCCAUGCCUUCCACUCCUACUGACGCUACAGUCAACAGAACAGCUGCAAGAUCUGCCAAAAAGAAGAGGGUCCGUUCCUGGCAAGAGAGUUUUGAGUGCCUCCAACGAUUCAAAGAGCAAACUGGACAUUGCAAUGUGCCGAGGGAAUACAAACAUGACAAAACACUGGGAGAAUGGGUCAGAAAUCAACGAGCCACCAAAUGGACCAUGUCAGACGAGAGGAGAUCCAAUUUGGAGAGUAUUGGGUUUGUCUUUGAGAAUACACAACAAGAACGAAGCAAUCAUCAAUGGGAAAGCUAUUACAAAAAAUUGUACAAUGCCAAGUUAUACGAACAACAGCAUGCUGCUUCAAUUGUAGGAGGUCAAAAUAAUGUCCUCGCAAUGCCGAGUCAAACACAGCCACCAACAACACUGUUGGAACCCAAUGAAGAUCGAGCACUGCAACAUUGGGUGGCGGCACAACGACAACACUUCAAAAAGGGCACAUUGUCGGCAGAGCGAAAAGCCAAAUUGGAUCAACUUCCCAGUGGAUUUUCGUGGAAAAUGAAAAAGGAAUACAAACCACGAAGUGGCAAUGACAAAGUGUGGCAGUCUGGAUAUGAGAAGUUGGUAGAGUUUCACAAACGCCACAAUCACGUCAAUGUCCCCAAACGACCAAAUGCCAAUCGUCCGCUCUGGGAAUGGGUGUACAGUCAACGCAAGGUGUACAAUGAAGGCCGGUUGACGCAGGAUCGCAUUGAGCUCAUGGAGCAGUUGGGAAUGGUGUGGGACACAGACAUGGGUCAGGUGAUCCGGGAUCAACAAUUUAAUGCCAAAUAUGAACAGGCCAAGGCAUUCUACCACAAACAUGGACAUUUGGAAGUUCCGCGGAGUGGAAGAAGUGGCAAUUCCACACUGGUCAAAUGGCUAGUUCGGCAACGGGAACAACUCAAGAACAAUCGACUGGAUGAAACUCGUCGGGACAUGCUGUCCGCGCUGGACUUUGAUUGGGAGGGUAAUCCGGAACAGAGAGAGAAAAAUCUGGAACAAGUCUUGUGGAGUGAUGGAUACGAAGAGCUCAAAGAGUACAAGGAAGCCUUCGGGCACCUGCAGGUGCCACGUCAAGGCACGCCCAGCGAACGACGCAUGUCCAAGUGGCUGGCCAAGCAACAAGUGGCAUGUCAAUUCGACGAUCUGGAUCCAAGUCGCAAGACACUCCUUGUUGCUUUGGGUGUGGAGUUUGUGGCCUUGUCAGCGACUGCUGGGAAGCGUCGCGCUCACCAGCCCGCAGCCCAAUUGCGAAUGGUUGAAAAAGAAAGUGGCUUGAAGGCUGCAAAAGCCUCCCAAGUGGCAGUAGCAGGGGCCAAUAAAGAGCGCACAUUGUUGUCGCCAGCAGAUCCAAUGGAUCAUGAUGUUGGGGCGUCAAAUGCUGCCUCGAAAAAUGUUUAUUCAGAAGCCAAGCGGAUUUUGGAUUCCAAAGGUUCCAAUGAUACCCAAGACGGCCCCGAUCUGAAGAAGGCAAAACAAGACUGUGAGGUGGAAAAGCAGAUGGAAUAUGAUGCUCCCGUGUUGAAACCUAUGUUUGCGUAG